AUGGCGGUAGCGUCACACCAAACAGUUUUAAGUAUUUGCUUUUUAGCUCUUCUAUUCAGAGUUUUAGCGGAUAAAGAAAAUGCUCAUUUGACAACACCCCAAAUUUUGACCAAAUAUGGAUACCCAAAUGAAGUACACCAUGUGACUACUUCUGAUGGCUACAUUCUGGCCCUUCAUCGUAUCCUGCCUACUAAUAACACGACCUCUUCCGGCAAAGUUGUCCUGGUACUCCAUGGACUAUUUGUUGAAUCAAGUAGCUUCGUCUGCACUGGAGUGGAACACGGUCUAGGUUUUAUACUAGCUGAUGAAGGAUACGACGUAUGGCUUGGCAACGUACGAGGAACUCCAUAUUCCCGCAACCACACCACACUUAACCCAAACAGAGACCCCAAGUUCUGGGACUUCACCUUUCACGAAAUGGGCACGAUCGAUCUUCCAACAAUGGUCGAUCACGUUUUAAAAGUCACCUAUCAAAAGGGACUCUACUAUGUGGGUUACUCCCAAGGGAGCACAAUAUUUUUCGUCAUGAUGGCAACUCAACCAAAGUAUAACGAUAAAAUUAAAGUACAUGUAUCCAUGGCACCUGCCGCUUAUUUGGGUCACAUGAAAAACGUCCCAAUUCGAACGAUCGCCCAUUGGAACAAUUUCAUUUUCUUCUGGCUUAAAGUUCUUAAAAUUAAUGAAAUUCCUCCAAAGUUUUUGGUACUUAUUAAAAGCGGAGUGUGCUUUUUUAGCCCCAGGUUCUGUAAUUUAGUUUUUAUGGCUAUUUUUGGGUAUAAACCACAUCAAGUGAAUUCAGACACGUUAACUUCUUUUCUGGGACAUUUUCCAUUACCAAUAUCCAGAAAGCAAACUCAGCACUUUUUGCAGAGUGUUAAGUCGGGCUACUUUCGAAGGUACGAUUAUGGAAAAAAGAAGAAUGAGGAAGUGUAUGGAUUUUUGACGCCUCCUGCGUACGAUUUGUCUUUGGUUACUGUAAAGUGUCAUUUGUUUUAUAGUCGGGAUGAUUUAGCAGUGUCUGAAGUGGAUGCUGUUAGAGUAUGCAAGGAACUAGGUAAUGCUUGUGGUAGCAACAAUUUAGUCAAUGAUACUACGGUUAAACACUUGGAUUGGUUAAUAGGGAUCAGAAUUAAGGAAUUGGUUUAUUCAAAACUUUUAAACAUUAUGGCUGGUUAUUGAUAAUAUGGGGGUUUAUGUCUUGAAUUUGUGGUACUUCACGGUUAGUGUAGCUAAAUUUCACUCUAAGUG